AUGACUUCCAACUGGAAUGGUAGUCAAGCUCUUGAGGAUGACCACCAUAGAACUUUUUUUGCUGAGGAAGCGGAUGAGGUUGCGGAACUCCUUACAACAGGACCAGAAAAUCUUGAAGUUAUUUAUAUUCUUGGGAUGUUCGGAUUGGGGAAGACCACACUUGCUAAGAUAGCUUAUAACCAUCCUAAUGUCGAUUAUGAGUACAUGAUUCGGGCCUUUGUCAAUGUUUCACAAGAUUAUGAUGGAAAAGAAAUAUUGCUCAAAAUUCUGGCUUCUUUUAGUCAAAUUAACGAAGAAGUUACAAACAUGGGUAUCAGAGGGUUAAAAAAAUAUAUUCGUAAACAGUUAGAAGGAAAGAAAUAUAUGAUUGCAUUGGAUGAUGUUUGGGGAUUGGAAGAUUGGGAUAGAUUAAAAGAUGUUUUUCCUAACAAUAAUAAGCGGUGUAGAGUCAUGAUAACUACACGCCAUGUGGAAGUGGCAAAGUAUGCCAAUCCAAGUAAUCCCGAAUAUGUAUACACGUUGUAUUAUUUGACACUAGACGAGUCUCGGGAGUUACUCAGGUCGAGGGUUUUUCACAAAAAUCACUGUCCUCAGAAGUUACAAGAGUUUGAAUUAGAGAUUGUAGAAACAUGUGGCGGUUUGCCAUUGGCUAUUGAGGUUAUGGCUAGUAUCAUUUUGAAUCAUCCUGAAAGUAUUGAUUGGUGGAAAGACGUGGCCAAAUUUGUAAAACAUUACAUAGCCAGGGAUAUGUCACAAACCUUUGAGGUUGUGGAAUCGAUGUACAAUCUACUACCAAACUACUUGAAACCUUGCUUUCUGUACUUGGGAGCCUUUCAUGAAGAUCUUGAAAUCCCUGUUUGGAAAUUAGUACGAUUAUGGAUUUCUGAAGGGUUCAUCCAGCAAGAUGGGAAUUCUAACUUGGAGGAUAUAGCUGAAAAGGGAAAAGCUGCCAUGGAAAACCUUUUCCAACAUAUCCAUGAGUAUAACUUUCGGAGUUUCUUAUCUGGAGAUCCGAGGUUGGAUCAUCAUCGGCGCCUCUGCUUCCACAAUGUCAAUGUUUUGGUAUAUUUCCAAAACAACUUCAGGUAA